CUCUGCCUCGUGGGUGUGUUUUACUGACGGUCCUCCUCCUGUGUGUGAAGUUGCAGCUCUUCUCACCUCUGUGUGACUCGUCGCCACAUUUCUUCGUCAGGAGCUGAACCUGAGUCAAAAAGGGGGGGUGCAGCCAUGUUCAGACUCCUCAUUCGCCAAGGCAAGAGGGCGCCGAGCUGCCUCAAUGGCCAGCGGCGAUAUGAGCACCACAAGGCCGUCAUUGCCAUCCGCAGAGAGGACGUCAACCCCUGGGAGAGGAGGGCGCCGCUCGCCCCGCGCCACGUCAAAGAGCUGACCAACGCCGGCGUCAAAGUCCUGGUGCAACCGUCCAACCGCAGAGCCAUCCACGAGAAGUACUACAUGAGGGCGGGCGCCGUCAUUCAGGAGGAUAUUUCCGAGGCGUCUCUGAUCAUCGGGGUCAAGCGCCCGCCGGAGGAGAAGGUCAUUCCCAGGAAGACGUACGCGUUCUUCUCCCACACCAUCAAAGCUCAGGAGGCCAACAUGGGGCUGCUGGAGGACCUGCUGAAGAAGGAGGUUCGUCUGAUCGACUACGAGAAGAUGGUCGAUGCUAACGGCUAUCGGAUCGUAGCGUUCGGUCAGUGGGCCGGAGUUGCAGGAAUGAUCAACAUCUUACACGGACUGGGGCUGCGCUUCCUGGCUCUGGGACACCACACUCCCUUCAUGCACAUCGGCAUGGCUCACAACUACAGGAACGUCAGCCAGGCCAUCCAUGCAGUGAGGGAUUGUGGGUACGAGAUCUCCAUGGGGCUCAUGCCUAAAUCUAUCGGGCCCGUGACGUUUUGUUUCACUGGCACCGGAAACGUCUCCAAGGGAGCCCAAGACAUCAUCAACGAGCUUCCUGUCGAGUACGUUGAGCCUCACGAGCUCAAAGACGUCUCUGAGACUGGAGACAUGACCAAAGUGUACGCCACCGUCCUGAGCCGACACCACCACCUGAUGAGGAAGAGCGACAGCAUUUACGACCCCCUGGAGUACGAGAACCACCCGGAGCUGUACACUUCACACUUCAGGACCAGCGUGGCGCCGUACACAACCUGUCUGAUCAACGGGAUUUACUGGGACCCCCACACGCCCCGACUCCUAAGGCGAACGGACGCCCAGAGGCUGAUGAGACCGCCAAAAGUUCCGCCUGCCGCCACCGAGGGGUCGCCUGUGCUGCCUCACAAACUGUUGGCCAUCUGUGACAUCUCCGCUGACACCGGGGGCUCCAUCGAGUUCAUGAUCGAGUGCACCACCAUCGACAAGCCUUUCUGUAUGUACGACGCCGACCAGCACAUAGAUCACGACAGCGUGGAGGGAAACGGGAUCCUCAUGUGCUCCAUCGAUAACCUUCCUGCUCAGCUGCCCAUUGAAGCCACAGAGUACUUUGGAGACCGGCUCUUCCCCUACAUCUGGGAGAUGCUGCCUUCAGACGCCACCAGAUCGCUGGAUGAGGAGGACUUCAGCCCGCAAGUCAGAGACGCCGUCAUCACUUCGAACGGAGUCCUCACCCCGAAGUUUGAAUACAUCGAGAAACUCCGAGAAAGAAUGGAGAAAGCUCAGAUCCUGAAGAAGGCAGGGAUGAAACGCGUUCUGCUGCUGGGUUCAGGAUAUGUCUCAGGACCUGUGGUCGAGUAUUUGACUCGAGACGAGAAGACCCAGGUCACUGUGGCGACUGUUCUACUGAAGCAGGCCGAAGAGCUGGCUGCAAAAUAUCCCAACACCAUCCCCGUCACACUGGACGCCAGCAGCCAGGAGGGACACCUCGACUCUCUGGUCAAAGAUCAUGACUUGGUCAUCAGCCUGCUGCCGUACUCAUUUCACCCUCUCAUCGCCAAACACUGCAUCAACAGGAAGGUAAACAUGGUGACAGCCAGCUACCUGAGUCCUGCCAUGAAGGAGCUGCAGAGCAGUGCCGAGGAGGCUGGCAUCACCAUCGUGAACGAGAUGGGAUUGGACCCGGGGAUCGACCACAUGCUGGCCAUGGAGUGUAUCGACCAGGGCAAAGCAGACGGCUGCACGGUGGAGUCGUAUAGCUCGUUCUGCGGCGGUCUUCCUGCUCCUGAAUGUUCCGACAAUCCUCUUCGCUACAAGUUCAGCUGGAGUCCGUACGGCGUCCUCCUCAACACCAUCAGCCCCGCCGUCUUCCUCCGAGACAACGAGGUGGUGAGUAUCCCGGCCGGCGGCUCUCUGAUGGACUCCACCUUGUCGAUGGAUUUCCUUCCUGGAUUCAACCUUGAGGGAUUUCCAAACCGCGACAGCACCAAGUACGUUGAGUCGUACGGCAUCGAGACGGCACACACACUGAUCAGAGGAACGCUGCGCUUCAAGGGCUUCUCAAAGGCCAUGAGUGGGUUCGUCAAACUGGGUCUGAUCAACAGCGAGCCCUGUCUGAUCCAGCACCUCACACCUUGGAAAGAUCUCCUGUCUAAGCAGAUGGGAUUAUCCUCCUCCAUUUCCCAGGAUGCAUUUGAAGAAGCUGUUUACGAGCGCAUCGGAAAGGACGAGUUUGCGAUGGAAAACCUGCGAUGGUUUGGGAUGCUGAGUGAUGAGUUUGUGCCUCGUGCUGACAACAUCCUGGCUGCUCUUGCAAAACAUCUGGAAGCCAAACUCUCCUUCAAUAAAGGAGAGCGUGACAUGGUCAUUCUGAGGAACGACGUCGGGCUCCGCCACCCGACCGGCGAGCUGGAGACCAAACACAUCAGCCUGGUGGUGUACGGAGACCCCAAAGGCUUCUCUGCCAUGGCCAAGACUGUAGGAUACCCAGCAGCCAUUGCUGCUCGCAUGGUCCUUGAAGGAGAAAUCACUACAAAGGGACUUGUGUUACCGAUGACUAAGGAGGUCUACGGCCCGGCGCUGGCCCGACUGAAGGAGGAAGGACUUCACUUUAUGUCCAAGAGCAGCCUGCAGGAGUAGAGGGGAGCCUCGCGUGGGAGCAGAUAAUCACUUACAAUCUCUCACACGCAAAAAGAAGCUAUACUCCAAUCCUAUCGUCUGGCUUUUCUAGUUGAUCUGAACUGGAUCUUCUGACACACUGAGACUCACCUGUCUGAAUGUUGUCCCUGUUUGAAAUUUAACCUGCGCCCCCCCCCCCCCCCCCCCCACCCCCCUCCGGGUUCUGAUCGAAUGUAGAGUAGUUAAUUUUUUAAGUAAAUAUGAGAAAUAUGUCAAAGCGUAACUGCAGGAAAAAGCCAAACAGGUCAAAAGGAUGAAUCCCUCAAAGUUAUUUUAAGUCUAUUUAAAGGAAGCGUGAUGACAGGCGGCUGUGCAAAGAUUAUUCAGUAACUCCCUGUUUUUAAGUCUGAGGUCAAAAAGGUCAAAAAAUGUGCAGCUGAAAGUUAAACUUUGAGUUUGGAAACCAAAAUGUUUCCUCACGAGUGUAAACUGUAUCAGAGAGAAGUUCAUCUGUGAAAAUGUCGACCCUCUUAUUUACUCUCUUUGUAGUUUAAGGUCACUUAGAGUAGCAUCCUCACCAAACCUGUAUCUUAAACCUGACCACUGUGCGUGUGCGUGUGCGUGUGCGUGUGCGUGUGCGUGUGUUCUGUUAUAAAGUCACAAUGCCACCUACGGGUGUGACAUGUGUACUACAGUUGUUUUUUGCAGAUACAUGUUCACGGCAGCUGUUAUCAAAAUGUUGUCGUCUGAACGCUGAACCUUUUAGAAAACGAUAAUGAAGAAAACGAUCCCGUUUUCAGGAGAUCGUUCUUGUGUAAGCGUCAGCCUCUGCAGCCUGUCGUUCCCCGCCACAAUAAAGGCAUAACAGACGACACAUUUUUACAUUAGCUAGCAGCUUCCUCUGCAGAACUGAAAAGUGGUCAAAGUCCAUCAUAAACUUUUUAGAUGUAUCGUAUGUUUGUUUUUCUUUCUUGCCCUCAGAAGAAUUAAACAUGAAUAUUUGUUUUUGAGACGCUAAGGUUAGCUUGUCCUGUCAGGGUUGGACUCACAGUUUAAAAGCGUUACCAACUACUUCCUGUAGCUGUGAUAUAAGUGAAAUCUCUUAUGAGCUUCAUGGGACAUUUCUCUCAUUGAGGGCAAGAUUAGAACAAGACGAUUCAAGUGAACUAUUAACUAGGGAUGCACGGACACAUCGGUUCAACAUCUGCUGAUAUCGGCCCUGUUGACAGACAUCGGUAAAUAAUGUGGCAUGUAGUGAUGUCAGUAACAGAUGUUUAUUGCCGACAUCUAGAACACUGAACUCCUGAUUCAGAGACGAGGUUUGUUAUUGGGCAGAUGAAGUCACCUGUUGGACAAACGCUGAGUGGUUUUCAUCGUCACACAUGAGAGGAAAUGUUGACCUUACACCAAAACAAGUCGGUAUCUGCAUCGGAUUUCCCCAAACGGUGCAUCUCUGCUAUAACCAUUUAAAAAAUCUCCACUUUGCACACAUUAGCAUUAUUUAACCUGCUGAUUUUAAUGUCAAAGCAUUACAAUCUAAUUUGCUAUUACAUUUAAUACAACAGUAUAUCCUUCAACACCAUGAUGCACCUUCCAAAUUUCCAUCAUCAUUGAAAAAAAAAAGUGCAUUUGACCUCAAAUCUUUAAAGGAAGAAUGUGCAACAUGUUACACAUGAAUAUAUCAUAAAUCCAGUCUAUCCUGUGUAAAUGUGUCUCUGAGUCAUGACUGUCUACAAUGAGUGAGACACUCGAGUCCCGCUGGCUGUGUUGUUGUCAGCGCCGUGUUUACAUGGACGGGACGGCCGGCUCCUCCCCUUGAGUAUAAAAGCUGUUUUAGUCAAGGACUAGAGAGAAGAAGAACAUACUCACUGAUUAUUUGAAUGUCUCGUAAAUGUUUUUAGGUCAUGGUUAUUCUGUGUCUGUUUACAUGCAAUGUGAAGCUAUGAGCUAACUAAAGAGCGCUAACAUUAGCAUGCUAACACAACAAUGCAGGACACAGGUGGUUGCAGCUCGAGCCAAGGACAUUUUUGUCCACCGCUUGUGCUAAACUCCUUUGUGUCAGUGGAGAGGGGUUGAAGGUGUGUCUCUGGAGGAGAGCGGAGGCUUCAGUAUGGAGGAGGUGUGGCCAAACAGCAGCUUGUUUUGGUUUCAUGCUGGUGCUCAAGGGCUCAUCUACUGGAUCAAAAAGUCACACUUUCUUCCUUUAAUGAUACGUGGGGUAUUAUCUGACGGUAUAACAAAGAAUAUUUCAAAUGUCUCUUCUUUUUAAGUAUUUAGUGAAGAGUAUUUAUUGUCCGUCACCUGAGGGAUAUUUAUUUUACUUUGGGGGGGGUGGAACCUUGUAAACGAUGGUUUGUUGUAUGCUUUAAAGGGGUGAAAAUAAAGAAGACACAGAAAGAGUGUCUGAGAGUUAUUUUACAUGUACCUGAGAUAUAUUUUUAAAUAUGAUGUAUAACGGUUAUGUCUGUUAGGAGUGGGUCUGCAGAAAGUUUGAGUCAGAGGCAGAUUGGUAACUCGUAUCAAAGGUUUGACAGGUUCAUAUGAAGCUGUUAGCUCUGUCUUUAAAGGGAACAAUGAUCAACAUUAACACAAUGUGAGUCAAAUAAAGGAUGAAUAUAAA